AUGAAUAGUAUUACUUCGGGAGAGAUUACUAAUUUAUUAGCAAACGAUGCAAAUCAAAUUCAACUCGUAGCAAUUUUCUUCAAUGAUAUGUGGAUUGGACCUAUACAUCUCAUUCUUGUCAUUUGUGUAUUCUACUAUUUUGUUAAAUAUAUUGCUUUUAUUGCUAUUGGAUAUUCUGCUUUUCUUCUACUUAUUCAACCAUUAUACAGUCUUAUGUUUGUUUCUAUACGCACAAAAAUUCUUCAAAUAACUGAUGAACGUAUAAAAAUAAUGUCUGAAAUAAUUAAAUCAAUGCGUAUUGUAAAAAUGUAUUGUUGGGAAACAGCAUUUAUUCAAAAAAUUUGUCUUAUAAGAAAACGAGAAAUUAUUCAAUAUACGUUCUAUGCUAUAUGCAAUUGUAUUCAAGUUAUAUUUUCACAUAAUUAUACUACAUUAAUUUUUCUAAUGAUGUAUGGAACAAUGUGGUCAUUAAAUAUAAGAUUGGAUACACGUUUUUUUUGCUAUAACUUCUUGUUUGUUGGGUUAUAUGAAAUUGCUAGAAAACGAAUUGAGAAAUUUUUAUUACUUGAUGAAUGUGAACGAGAUAAUCGAUUAUUAUCAUCAUCUCAUUUAGAAAUUUCAUCAUCGAAUAAGAUAGAAAUAACUAAUAAUAUUACACAAGAGGUGCAAGUUAAAUGUAAUUUGAAAGAAGCACACUGGGAAAAAAAUGGAGUAUUUAAAUUACAAAAUAUUAUUUUUGAUGCUCAUCCAGGCGAUUUAAUCUGUAUUAUUGGAGCAGUUGGAUCAGGCAAAAGUUCACUUUUACAAACAUUAACAGGUGAA